AUGCUUUCAUUAUCAAUUUUUAAUGAUAGAUAUACUGCUUAAAAGAAGCUAUCAUCUGGUAGUUUCGGUGUAGUCUUAUUGGGUCUUGACAAAGAGGAAAACAUUGAUGUGGCAAUUAAAAUAGAAAAAGAAGAAAAUCAAGAAGUUAAAUCUUUAGAAAGAGAAGUCUAAGUUUUAUAAAGGUUAUCAAAUACAGAAGGAGUACCAAAUCUCUAUUGGUAUGGCCAAUAAGAUGAUUACAAUAUAAUAAUAAUAUAACUACUAGGUAAGGAUCUUGCUUACUAUAUGAAAAAGAAAAGGAGGUUUUCUGUAAAGACAACGAUUUAAUUAGGAAUAUAAAUUGUUAAAGUUUUGGAAAGAAUUCAUGAAAAAGGUGUUGUACAUAGAGAUCUAAAACCUGAAAAUAUUUUAUUUGGCUAAGAUAAUGAGUCUUCGAAAAUAUAUAUUAUAGAUUUUGGAAUCAGUAAAAUAUUUUAAGAUAAAAAUGGAAGAAACAUGUAUUAUUAUAUUUUAAUUAAGACCUUUUCGAAAUGGAAACUCAUUUAUAGGAACUACUAGAUAUGCAUCUAUUGCUGCUCACAAAGGAUACGAAUUGAGUAAGAAAGAUGACUUGGAAUCUCUGAUAUAUGUUCUAUUGUACUUUAUUAAGGGGUAGAAAUCUUAUAAAUAUAAAAAGUCUAGGCAGCUACCUUGGCAAAAUAUGCAGAAUGUUACUGAUGAAGAGAGAACAACUAAAGUUGGAGAUAUGAAAAUGACAAUCGACCCUAGAGAAUUAUGUAAGGAUGUACCUAUUGAAUUUCCAAUUAUCCUUGAGUAUCUAAUCAAUUUAUAUAAGAUAUAUAAAGGCCUUAUAGUAUAGUAGUAAACCUGAUUAUAGUUACAUAUACAAGUUAUUUCAAAAGUCAGCAGAUGGCUUAGGAAUAAUAUUAGAUUAUGCUUAUGAUUGGGAUAUACCAUCUCAAAGGAAAAUCUGCUCGAAUGAUAUGAUAAAAUCCUAAGAAAUGCACAGAUCUAAUACCCUUAAUUAGGCUUUAUUACCUCCAAAUUAAUAGGAAAUGAAGAAAUCACUUGAAAAGGGUAACAAAAAUCUUAUGAGAUAAUCAAGUAAUAACAAUUUCUUAACUCCUCCUCAAAAUAAUAAGUUAUAACUUCCUCUUUUGAGAAGAUCAGAUUCUCAAUAACCUAGUGUUGCUUCAAAUUAGGGUAGUGCUAUGCUUAGUACUUAUAAUUCCAGAAGACCCAAAUAUGAACAAUCUUUAGUUGUUUUAGACUAAUUUGAAGAGGUUAAAAAAAGCAUUGAUAGUAUUUAAUUAGAAAUUGGAAAUCAAAAUAAAUAGUAAAUUGAAGAAUAUAAAUUUAACAGAAUAUUAAAUUAAAGUCUUUAAAAUCCUUAAAUUUCAAACAUUCAAUAAUCAAAUUAUUACUCAGAAACUGUAGGAUGGAAAGAUUCAAUUUUUGAAGAGAAUUAUUUAGAUGAUCCACUCUCUAAAAAAUAUGGAUUACUCAAAAACAAUGGAGUUGAUAUGUAUUUAUCAAUAAUAUUAUUUAGUGGUAAAAAAGUUUAAUUUAAAAAUAAUAAUAAAUUCAAAUAAUCUAAAAAAAAGAAUUGA